GGGGAGAACGGGGGAUGCCAAAGAUGACUUUCAGGCUCCGGAAACCUACACCUCUGAGCCUCCGCUGCUGUUUUUGAGUUGCAAAUUGUCAGGGAAGGGUGGGCUGCAGGCAGCCUGUGUUGUUGACUGGAAGACGAUUUCCAUCUUUCAGACACUAGUUAGAAUGGGCCGUGCGUGCUGGAAGGGGGUGGAAGUCGAGGGGAGGAGAUGCUGCGAGCGGAGUUCUUGAAGCUCCACUCCUCUGGGGAAGCCGAGCUGCGAGGCAGCCUUCUUUACCGAGCCGAGAGCGUGUGAAUCGGAAGGGAUCCUGAGAGCUGGCUGGUCCCAGGUCCUCUCCGGAAAAGCGGUUGCUCUCGCUUCGGGGAUGCGAUGCGCCCAGCCCUCGCCUGCAUCACACUGCAAUCUUUAAUAUAUUAUUGAGACUGCCAACUCACACCCACAGUGGCUACAUGUUGACAGAUUGCAUAUUUUGAAAGCUUGAGAUAUUUUAUAAUGAAACAUGCCAUGUGGAAACUUUGAAGCCUAGAAUCCUGCCAAACACCUGAGUAAAGAAUUCUCACCUGUAAUGUAAGAGACUUCUCACUACCACCAUGACAAACCAGGAGAAGUGGGCACACCUUAGCCCCUCAGAAUUUUCCCAACUUCAGAAAUAUGCUGAAUAUUCUACAAAGAAAUUAAAGGAUGUUCUGGAAGAAUUCCAUGGUAACGGUGUGCUUGCAAAAUAUAAUCCUGAAGGGAAACAAGACAUUCUUAACCAAACAAUAGAUUUUGAAGGUUUUAAGCUAUUUAUGAAGACAUUCCUGGAAGCAGAGCUUCCCGAUGAUUUCACAGCACACCUUUUCAUGUCAUUUAGCAACAAAUGUCCUCAUUCUAGUCCAGUGGGAAAAAGUAAGCCUGCUCUCCUGUCAGGAGGUCUGAGAAUGAAUAAAGGUGCCAUCACCCCUCCCCGUACUUCUCCUGCGAAUACGUGUUCCCCAGAAGUAAUCCAUCUGAAGGACAUUGUCUGUUAUCUGUCUCUCCUUGAACGAGGAAGACCCGAGGAUAAACUCGAGUUUAUGUUUCGCCUCUAUGACACAGAUGGGAAUGGCUUCCUGGACAGCUCGGAGCUAGAAAAUAUCAUCGGUCAGAUGAUGCAUGUUGCAGAAUAUCUUGAAUGGGAUGUCACUGAACUCAAUCCAAUCCUCCAUGAAAUGAUGGAAGAAAUUGACUAUGAUCAUGAUGGGACAGUCUCUCUGGAGGAAUGGAUCCAAGGAGGAAUGACAACAAUUCCACUUCUCGUUCUUCUGGGCUUGGAAAAUAACGUGAAGGAUGAUGGACAGCAUGUGUGGCGACUCAAGCACUUUAAUAAACCUGCCUACUGCAAUCUUUGCCUGAACAUGCUGAUCGGUGUGGGGAAGCAGGGCCUCUGCUGUUCCUUUUGCAAGUACACAGUCCAUGAGCGCUGUGUGGCUAGAGCGCCUCCUUCUUGCAUCAAGACUUACGUGAAGUCCAAGAAGAACACUGAUGUCAUGCAUCAUUACUGGGUUGAAGGUAACUGCCCAACCAAGUGUGAUAAGUGCCACAAAACGGUCAAAUGUUACCAGGGCCUGACAGGACUGCAUUGUGUUUGGUGUCAGAUCACACUGCAUAAUAAAUGUGCUUCUCAUCUCAAACCUGAAUGUGACUGCGGACCUUUGAAGGACCAUAUUUUACCACCCACAACAAUCUGUCCAGUAGUCCUGAAUCUGCCCACUUCAGGAGUUUCAGUCCCUGAGGAAAGACAAGCAACGGUGAAGAAGGAAAAAGGCGGUUCCCAGCAAUCAAACAAAGUGACAGAUAAGAACAAAAUGCAAAGAGCCAACUCUGUGACGGUGGAUGGGCAAGGCCUACAGAUUACCCCUGUUCCUGGUACUCACCCGCUUUUAGUUUUUGUGAACCCCAAAAGUGGUGGAAAGCAAGGAGAACGAAUUUAUAGAAAAUUCCAAUAUCUACUAAAUCCUCGUCAGGUUUACAGCCUUUCUGGAAAUGGACCAAUGCCAGGGUUAAACUUUUUCCGUGAUGUUCCUGAUUUCAGAGUGUUAGCCUGUGGUGGAGAUGGAACCGUGGGGUGGAUUUUGGACUGCAUAGAAAAGGCUAAUGUUGUCAAGCAUCCUCCAGUUGCCAUUCUGCCUCUUGGGACCGGCAAUGAUCUAGCAAGAUGCCUGCGAUGGGGAGGAGGUUAUGAAGGUGAGAAUCUGAUGAAAAUCCUAAAAGACAUUGAAAACAGCACAGAAAUCAUGCUGGACAGGUGGAAGUUUGAAGUCAUACCUAAUGACAAAGAUGAGAAGGGAGACCCAGUGCCUUACAGUAUCAUCAAUAAUUACUUUUCCAUUGGCGUGGAUGCUUCCAUUGCACACAGAUUCCACAUCAUGAGAGAAAAACACCCAGAAAAAUUCAACAGUAGAAUGAAGAACAAAUUUUGGUAUUUUGAGUUUGGCACAUCUGAAACUUUCUCAGCCACCUGCAAGAAGCUGCAUGAGUCUGUAGAAAUAGAAUGUGAUGGAGUACAAAUAGAUUUAAUAAACAUCUCCCUGGAAGGAAUUGCUAUUUUGAAUAUACCAAGCAUGCAUGGUGGAUCCAAUCUUUGGGGAGAGUCUAAGAAAAGACGAAGCCAUCGCCGCAUAGAGAAAAAAGGGUCUGACAAAAGGACUACACUCACAGAUGCGAAAGAAUUGAAGUUUGCAAGUCAGGAUCUGAGUGAUCAGCUGCUGGAGGUGGUUGGCUUAGAAGGAGCCAUGGAGAUGGGACAAAUCUAUACCGGACUGAAGAGUGCUGGGCGGCGGCUGGCACAGUGCUCCUCUGUGGUCAUCAGGACUAGCAAGUCUCUGCCAAUGCAGAUUGAUGGGGAACCGUGGAUGCAGACCCCGUGCACAAUAAAAAUUACACACAAGAACCAAGCCCCAAUGCUGAUGGGUCCUCCUCCAAAAACUGGGUUGUUCUGCUCCCUCGUCAAAAGAACAAGAAACCGAAGCAAGGAGUAAACCUGUCUCAUUUUAUUCUUCGAGAUCUAAUUAGCAUAAUUGGGCCGUGGAACUUAUGCUGGAAAUCUUUGAACCAUUUCAGUUCUCUUGCUCAUGCAAAAUCAUUGAAUUGGUUUAACAGUUUUUGUUACUGAGCUAAUGUAAAAUUCAGCUAUUAGAAAAUUUGUCUCCGUUUUUAUAGGCAUCUUUGCAUGAAGAAGGCAGAAGUUUACAUGAAGUGGUACUGCAUAUUUUUGUUGCAUGCAUUCCCAUAGAUUUUUAUGUCCCUCACUCAUUCCUCCCCCUGUUUCCAUUUACUAACCUGUGAGAGAAAUCUGUAAACCCUAAAGGAAAUACCAUGGAAAAAGUGAUUCUCUGUGUGAUUCCAAUUAUUGAUAAGCGCUAAUCAGUAAUGCUACGAUAAUCACAACUGCAGAUUGCAAUACUUUUGCCUUUAAGAAUCAGUGUCUCAAUGACCUUUGAACUAUGACUUGAGAAGAACCUUCUAAUUGGAACAUUUUAUUAAAUACUUGUCUAUGAUACGUCGCUGUAUCUAAAUAGUUUUUCUUCAACAUCUUGAUGCUUCUGAGUGGAAUUUCAGGUAUACAGUUUUCUUGUGCAAAAAAAAAAAAAAACAGAAAAUCAUUUUUAUUUUGUUUCCUUUUGGUUUUAACUCCAGAAAUUAGUGAAAACAGAAAUAAGUUACUUGGCAGUAAAGUGUGGUAACAUGGCAAGCCUUAUUCCUUUCUGCAUGCGGAUCUAGAAGAAAAUUCAUAACCACACCAGUAACCAAAUAGCUGUUUUAAACUAUGUGCCUAAUAUUACUAUCUCCCACCAAAGAUUCAGAAAAAGAUGCCUGAGAGAAAUGGGUUCAUGUAUAAUUAACUAGCAUUGUGGAAAAAAUUUAUGGUUCUUAUGAUUAAUUUUUUGAUGACUUAAACUCUGAAAAGAGAGUGAAUUACCCAUUAAUUAUAAUUAAAGUUCUCACCUGAUGCAGACAAUAGACCAUACAACAUAAUCAAAGCUCAAUUCAAUGAUUUCUUGCCUUUUUGGUCAUUUAUAAAUAUAGGUAUCCAUAAUUUUUAAUGGAUCAGUUAAGUGCACUUGAGAAAGUAAAUGAUUGUAUCAAUUUUGUUCUAGUAUAAAUGGAUACCUGUGAGGACUAUUAAGCUCACUGAAGCAAACCAUGCACGCAAUUCGUCCUCUCCCAUCGGCAUAGGCCACUCCCAUCUCUGUGGCAUUUCAGAUGUUCAUUUGGAAAUGAUGGCCCAGAUCGUUGUUUACGAUAUUCAUGGUAUGGUUGGAGUCUCUGUUUAAAGAAAUUAUGGAAUAUAUGCUUUUCUUUGUGUUUCAUUAAAUCUAUGAUAUAAAAUGAAAUUCUAUUCUGAGCAGUUGGGGUAUUGUUCACUCAUACCGACCUGCAUCUCAUCAUUGCAUGUUUUAUGUUUUUUAAACAUGCCACAAGGAAAACAAGUGCUUGAAAUGCAUGAUUUAUUAGUUUUUCUCUCCACUCUGCAUUAAAGUACUAAUGAUUUAUCAGUUCUGUUUUUCUAUUGAUUCAUUCAUCUUUGAACAACAAAUAGCAUUUAGUGAUUCUGUUGAACACACUCCUGUGCAUGGAUUUAUGGAUUUCAAGUGAAAUUGCUAUAAUUUUUGUUCUUUGGUUUGAAAACUCAACUGAAUGCUGUUGUAUCAAAUAGCUACUCUCAAGCAAUGUACUAUAAUGGAAGAUUAUGUAUAAAACGUAUUAUUUUAGUGUUCCAGGAACAUUAGAUGGUAAAUAUCAAUCAACAAAAAGUUUAAUUGCUUUGAAAAUAAAAGCUUUUGAAUAAAAUUAAGACAUAAUUUAGCAUUCCCAGGAAAAUUAUCAUUACAAUUGCAAAUGUGGCACAGCAAUCACUUGCCCUAGUAUAAAAAAAAAAAAAAAAAGUUAUUUGGCAGAGCCGUAAUCUGGAGCAAAAGAAAUCUCUAAACAGUAACAAAUGCAUUACUGACAUAAUGUUA